UUUUAUAGUGUUUUAUUUCUUGUUGCAAAGAAACAUUGAGUAAUGUUGAUGCAGAUAGAAAACAGUUGAACUGCGCAGAGAGUUCAGCUCAGUCGAAGCUGGAGCAAGGAGAGGGCAGAAAGCGGAGAGAUCGGUGUCGUUUUUUAUUAUGCUUAAUUUGAUCAGUAAUUGUCAAUCUAACCGAUCGGAUCCAUGGUGAAGAGAAAGAAGACGUCGCCCACCACCGAAGAGUACGAAAAUGGCAUGACACCGGGCUCCAGGGAGGGGAUCGGUGUCGAUGGGAGGAGGAAUCCGUCCAGAAAGCCCGAAGGUUGCGACGAGGAGGAGAGCGGAGAGCAGGCGAGCGAGGAGCACAGUACAAAGGGAGACGACGGAGUGGAAAUUCUUAAUCCAUCAACCACGGCUCUCAGCCCCGGUUCAACCCCGGUCCUCCCCGCCUCUCCACCGAACCGAACCGGGCUUGGUGAUACCCAGCAGCCCCAUACAUCAGCGGAGUCCGCCCCUCAAUGCCACGACCAGCAUCAUUUUCUCCGAUCAAGCGUUCGACCUCCAAGUAAACGCAUCCGGAAGGAUUCAAUCGGCUCAGCCAUCAAUGGACAUGGCGGGGCAAAAUCGAAAGGCACAGAGAAUGGCUCUUCCUCUCAGGGGGCAGUGGGACAGUCAGGGCCUAUGGCGAGCUCCACAGUAGGAGUAUCCAAGUCCUCCAAGGGCCAAGGGUCUACUGAGAAGGAGGAGCAGGCUGGUAACCAGAAACGGGCCCGUCGACAAUGGGAGUCUUGGAGUGCAGAAGACAAAAACAGCUUCUUUGAGGGCCUCUAUGAGCAUGGAAAGGAUUUCGAAGCGAUCCAGAACAACAUAGCGAUGAAGUACAAGAAGAGAGGCAAGCCAGCUAACAUGGUGAAGAACAAGGAGCAAGUCCGCCACUUUUAUUACCGCACCUGGCACAAGAUCUCCAAACACAUUGACUUUGCCAAUGUGUACUCCCGAGUUCUGAAGAAAUCCUCUCAAGAACUGUAUGGUCUCAUCUGCUAUGCCGAGCUGCGCAAAAAAGUUGGAGGACUAAUGGAUGAUAAGAACGUGGCGAAGCUGAACGAACUCAUCCAACAAGGGGCCACGACUGUGCGCUCAAAAGGGAGGAACCUGCGAAUCAAAGCACCCAUGUGCCGCGCUCUGAAGAAACUUUGUGAUCCCGACGGAGUAAGUGAUGAAGAAGACCAGAAGCCGGUGCGUCUCCCCCUGAGGGUGGCAGUGGAGCUCCAGCCGCGCAGUAACCAAUCCUGGGCCCGUGUUCAGAGUUUAGCCCACAAUCCACGCCUCAGAAUGGUGGUGGAGCUGCAUAGAAAGGUUUCCAGCCUCAUUGAAUAUUUGAAACAGAAGUGGGCGUACCAGGACCAGCGCAUUCUUAAGAGUCUCAAGGAGCGAGAAGCUCUGGAGGGCAGUCAGUCCAGCACAACCUCCCCCGGCAAAUGCCAACCAGAUGAACUCCUUCUCUUCCCUGCUGAGAGCACCACAUUGACUACACUGCCUGGUGUGGCACGUGUGGUUCACUCCAAGGCAUCCUGCACUGUACACUGGCUGGAGAGUGGCAAGAACCGACCAAAUGCAAAGGAAUUGCCAGCUGCCCAGAUCCUGGGCAUCCACACAGCUCCAACAUCUCGGACUGGCCCCAAAUCUGGACGUGGGAGUUCUGCUGCAGCUGCUGCUGCUGCUGGUGGUGGUGGGGGUGGUGGUGGUGCUGGUGGUGCUGGUGGUGCUGGUGCUUCAGUGACUGUGUUAGGUGAUACUCGUCGAACUGAUCCCCCUAACCUUGAAACUUCACCAGACAGUUCUGCCAAAGUAGAAGAGAAGAGGCCUGUGUCUGUUGCCGCAUCCUUUCAGCAGACGGUGGCUCUGAGAGAAGAAGGAACUGAGUUUGCUCCCUGUGGUGGAUUAGCUGUAAUCAAAAGCACAGAGAAGUUGUUUAGCAGUGUAGAGAGCUCAUCUGAGCAGUGCAAAGAGGAGCAGAACGCCGGCACCUCCUCUCCAGAGGCCAACCAGACUCCUCCAACCAAACCUUCAAUGACUGUCACAGAGGAUGGAGUGUUGCAGAGCCCUGUGUCUGCAGCCAAAGAGCGGACUGUUGAGCAGAUCAGGGAGGAAGGCUGGUGUCCCCGUGACGCAGAGAACGUCACCCUGGCUGAGCUUUACCUGAUGUUUGGAAAGCCUGGGAAGCUGCAAUUGGAGUACGAGUGGCAGCCUAUCGCGGCUCCUUCCAACAACCAAGAAGACGGACAAGCCAUGGCACCAGCUAAGCCUAACAGGACGCAUCAUGUUUUGCGCUGCCUGCUCAAACUGGUGACCACUGAGGUCAAUCCUAAACCUUUGGCCCCGGAUCUGUGUUCCACAGCCAUGUCACCUCUUAAAACCCAACAGGAGGAGCAAAACCAGACACUCACUCCUCCGGGAAAGGGGCCCAUAGCAGGUGUUCGCAGCCCCAGCUGUGGCCGGCAGCAGGCCUCUGUCCGAGGGGCCAGGUCACACCUGGUCAACACUGGAGUCUCAGGUGGACGCUGCCUUGCGCGAUCUCUACUGGGGUCGGCGGCGGGCUGUGAAUCAGAGGGAGGUGUUUUCGCUGUACCCACCACGCUGCCUCCUAACAGCUCACGGCACAACAGAAUGUUCUCUCCCAACAAGGAAGCGGAACUUGCCUUCAGACAGCAGCUGGACUCGAUCAGUAUGCAGUCAGAUCUUUUCCUUUCCCGACAGAGAAAACCUCGGAGCAGACAACUCCGUAAACCUCUUGUAGUUCAACGAACACUGCUGCCCCGAACUACAGGAGACACUUCUCCGCACGUCUGCUCCUUUUCCAUCCUCUCCAACUCCUCUGCAGGAACUGGAUCUUUCCGGCCCAUCCAUACUCGCCCUGCUCCUUCGCCCCGCUCCAUCGUUUCCAAGGUUCCAGCUGCAGCACCAAGUUCUGCAACCACCAGUCAGCUCUCCAGUGCCAUUGAUCUGGCAGCUAAGUCUGCAGGCAUCAUUCCUGGUAGUCCCUGUCGGAGUGUUGACUCUCCCUCUGUGGAUAACGACACUCUGCUCACACCCACACCCACACCCACUGAUGAUGCCGAACCAGACCCACAGCUCCUCCAGCAAAACGUCCCAGAGAAUGGUUUGCCUCCACCGUCUCCUAUAGCGAUUAGUGGUGGGGACUCGCUCCUCCCUCCACCCAGCGUAGCGUCACUCCUGGACAUCUCUUUGCCUGGGCCGCCUGAAGAGGCUCUAGCCCCCGGAGAACCUCAAACACACAUCAGUGACUCCAUCAUUGAGCUUGCCAUCAACUCUGCUCACUACGGUGAAGAGAGGGCUCUUUCUCCAGCCAAGCUGAGUAACAACGACGGCUCCAAACUUUUAGCCUCGUCUCCCUCAGUCAGCCCGUCCCGAGGCUGGAUUCCAUCGCCCAGCCAUGACCCCCAGUGGUACCCAAGCGAUUCAACCGACUCCACACUGGGAUGUCUUCUCUCCAGCAUGGUGUCUCCUGAAAAGGUGAGGAGGACCAACCUUACCCCCUCUGGCCCCUCCAGUGGCACGGCAUUGCUUGGACCUAGCCUCCUGGACUGCAACUCCCAUGAUUCCUUUCAGUCCCGUGGCCUUCCUGAUGUGGCAGAGAUGGACUCUCAGCUUGCUUGUAUGAUGAGUGAGAGCAGCGUGGACUACAUCGCUCGCUUCAAUGACCUGGCUCAGGAGCUGGCUGUGACCGAGCCCUCCAUCCCGCCGCCAUGAGGAAGGGAGGACAAGGCCAUCUGGAAGAUUGGGCGCUGUGCGGCUAGAGAUUAAGUAUUUCUUCGGUGUCAAGACCGUUGUUCCUCUGAUGGAUUUACACCGAUGAAAUGACAGUUAUGGAGAAGGAGCAGCCUCUGAAAGCCAUCCCUGCCCUGUAUGUUUAAGUGCAAUAAUAAUGGUGAACCUUGACCAUUGUUCAAAAGCGAGUUAAAAGAAAAAAAAGGUGAAAUCCCCUUUAAAAACAAACACUUUUGAAAAAAAAAUGUGUUGACAAAACACAACCUCAUGUACAGGAAAACAAAAUGCCAUAUCUGAACAUAAUAUUUUCACUGAGCUUAUGUCUUUUCCUGAUCUUUGUGUGUAUGUGUGUAUGUAUGUGUGAGCGUGUGUCUUCUACUCUCAGCUUGACCCCCAAAAUGUGCAAAUCCUCCAAAAUGUGCAGUUAAGGUUCAUAGUUGGUGGCAAACAGCUGCUGGAAGAGGAUUCUAAGUAAUGUCAGUGAGUAAAAUUGUCUUUUCACAUAUUACAGUGGCUAAAUUGGAGCACAACAACCCAAUUCUUCAUUUCACUCAGUUUAGUUUCCUGUUUUUGGUCAAAUUUUCCAUGUGUGUGUUUGGAACAGGUUUUUUAUUUCUUACAUCCACAUGCAAAAUGGCAGCUUUUUAUUUUGGUUGACUACAUUUGGAAGCAGCUCCACAGAUGAGAUCAUCUGCAGCUAUUACAUUUGCAAUGUUGUGCUAAAAUCAAAGUCCAUUUCCAGCCACGUUGUUACAUCUCUAUCACAUUUAAUGUAGGUUUAAUAAGUAAAAUGGCCUGUAGGUUGUCUUGUUGUUGCUUUAACAGGUCACAAAAAUAUAUCUUCCUUUUACAGACAUAUUAA